AUGGAGAACAGCCCUUUUAUCAAACAGUUAUCUUCAAAUAACAGAGUCGUGAGAGAAAAGGCUCUUGAAGCCUUACAAAAAGUGUUAAUUUCUGAAAAAUUCAUGAAGGCCAAACAAAUCCAAUAUGAAAAACUAUGGAAAGCCUUAUAUUACACAAUGUGGUUCAGUGAUCGUCCAAGACCACAACAGAAAUUAGCUCGUCAAUUAGGUGAAUUAUUCAUGUUAUAUGCUGAAGCUGGUGCCAAUGAUUCUUCUGAAAUCCUUCUAGCUGACAAAGCCUUUAUGAAAUUCAGUAGGGCAUUUUGGAAAGUGAUGUGUUUAGAAUGGUUUAAUAUUGAUAGAUACAGAUUGGACAAAUAUCUUUUACUCGUAAGACGUGAAACAUUUAAUCAAUUUAAAUAUUUACAAACUAGAAAUUGGAAUGAAAAUUUAGUGGAAAUGUAUAUCAAUAAAGUAUUAAAACAUUCUCCAUUGAGUGGAUCUAGUAAGAUUUAUAAUGGUAUUCCAUUCCAUAUUAUAGAUAUUUUCUUAGAUGAAUAUGAAAGACUAGCCUCUAAGAGAGACGACGAAUAUGAUAUUGAAGAUGAGAUUACAGAUGAAGAAGAAAUUGCUGAAUUAUUAAAAGAAACUCCAUUACAAUCAUUCAUAGAUAUCUUCAUUGAUUUACAGAAAAAUAUAAUGAACAGUAAAGGUCUAAGAAAUAAGAUCAAAGAAGAUCUUCUAUCAGAUGAACGUUUAAUCAGAUGGGGUGCUAAAGGGAUUGAUGCUUCAAGAAACGGUAACGACAAAAAUGAAGAAGAAUCAGAUGAAGAAUCAGAUGAAGAGGUUGCCAAUGCCGAAGAUGAACCAGAAGAAGAAGAAUGGAAAGGUUUUUAA